GCUCGCAACAAUGGAACCGCCGGGAGUGUUUGGCACUAGCUCAAGCUUCACUUUGCGAUUGGGCCAGACCGGUUUCUCCACUGCUUCGCUUCUCUUUCUGUGCUUCCAUGUUGAAUUCUAUGGUUACACUGCUUUCUGCUAUUCUAUUAUAGCAAUGGGGUUGGUGAUUCCUUGGAGUGCAACAUUGUUUGUGGUUGAUGCAUAUUCGCUCCUCGUAAGAUGUUUACCGCGUCAAAGAAUGAUCAUAUGGAUCGUCUUCUUUGGAGACAUAUGUCUGUCAUAUCUCUCUCUGGCUGCAGCUUGCUCAACAGCCAGCGUCACAGAUCUGCUGCAACAUGCUGGUGGAUCCGUCUGCCCCACAAAGUUAUGCAAUGGAUUGCAAUUGUGUGCUGCUAUGUCCUUCUUGUGCUGGCUUCUUUUAUCAACUUCCUGCCUCUUUAAUUUCUGGCUCCUCCCUUCCUUGUAAAUUUUAAGCUUGAUGACGUUAUGACUCAAACUUCGAUAAUACACAGAGUGCUCCCUUCUUCCUA